CAAAUAUAAAAAUAGACUUCAAAUUCUAUCCAAGGAAACCUCAUUCACCUUAUUUGGUCAAGUAUAUCUCCCAUAAUGAGUGGAGACAAACAGCACACCAAUUUGUGCGAAAACUGCUCAUGGUGGCCCUAAGUUGAUGGUAAUCAUGUCUUGUGAAGCUUCUCUCCAAGCUGGCCGGCCAAGGUCUAUUCUUGCUCCAACCAUAGAUGAGGUUGAUAAGGUCAACGAUUACAUGUUGAGCCAGAUAGAUUCAAAGUUAAAGACAUACCUAAGCUCAGAUUCAACUUCUUCAUCUCACUCAGAUAGUAAUGAUCUCUUGCAUGAGAUACAUUCUCAUGAAUUUCUUAAUGGUAUCAAAUGUUUUGGCUUGCCGAGUCACGAGCUGAAUCUGAAAGUUGGAGUUCCUGUGAUGCUUAUGAGGAAUAUAGAUCAUUCAUCUGGA